GGUCACAUGAUAGAGAGUCCUGGUCAUAUGACAUUUUUUGUGGGGCGUUUAAGUUCAGAGAUAGCUGUUUAAACCAGGAAGCCAGGAGAUUAAGUCACAGUGCAGCAACUGUGAACACAUGUUAUCUCCCCAUUAGCUUCUAUCAAGAAUGGGCUUGCCAGUGGUUAUUUUUGCACUGGCACUUACUACAGUCGCCAUGGCUUUGGACAAUGGUUUGAUGAGGACCCCUCCAAUGGGAUGGUUGGCAUGGGAACGGUAUCGCUGUGACAUUGAUUGUGACAAUGACCCCAAGAACUGCAUCAGUGAGACGCUCUUCAGGGAUAUGGCUGAUAGGUUGGCAGAGGAUGGCUGGAGGGAGCUGGGAUACACAUAUGUCAACAUUGACGACUGCUGGUCCUCCAAGAAGCGGGACGGAAAGGGGCGGCUGCAGCCAGAUCCCAAGAGAUUUCCUGGGGGUAUCCCGGAACUGGCACGCUACGUACAUGAUCGUGGCUUGCUGCUGGGCAUCUAUGGAGAUCUGGGGACUUUCACCUGCAUGGGCUACCCUGGUACCACACUAGACAACAUUGAGACAGAUGCACAGACCUUCGCGGACUGGGGUAUCGACAUGCUCAAAUUUGAUGGCUGCUACUCAAACGCCACUGAGCAGGAGAAGGGCUACCCGCUCAUGUCAAAGGCCCUAAAUGCCACAGGGCGUCCCAUUGGCUAUUCCUGCAGUUGGCCUGCCUACCAGGGUGGGCUUCCACCCAAGGUGAACUACACACAGUUGGGAGAGAUAUGCAACCUGUGGCGUAAUUAUGGUGAUAUCCAGGACUCGUGGGAUAGCGUGCUAAACAUUGUGGACUGGUUCUUCAAUCAUCAGGAUAUCCUACAGACUACUGCAGGCCCUGGCCGCUGGAAUGACCCUGACAUGCUGGUCAUUGGAGACUUUGGGCUCAGUUUGGACCAGUCACGCUCUCAGAUGGCUCUGUGGGCAAUUAUGGCCGCUCCACUUUUCAUGUCCAAUGACCUUCGAACUCUGAACAGUGAAGCACGGACCAUCCUGCAAAACAAAGCUGUCAUUGCCAUCAACCAGGACAAAAUGGGUGUCCAGGGCAGACGCCUUCUGAAGGAGAAGUCUGAAAUUGAGGUAUUUUGGCGCCCCCUGUCAAAUUCAGACAGUGCUCUGGUGUUCUUCAGUCGUCGUUCAGACAUGCCGUAUCGAUACACAACUUCCCUGGGGAAACUGAACUACAAGGCCGGCAGCUACAAGGUGUAUGAUGUAUUUUCUGAAAAGUUGAUGCCUGGACUGAGCGACACCACAGAUUUCACUGUCUCCAUCAACCCCUCAGGAGUAGUCAUGUGGUACAUCAGUCCUCUAGUGCCACUGAGCUUCCGGCAGAACUACAGAGUGUCAUCGCUGCAUGGUGGUUUGGAACUGCCCUUUCCACUGUAAGGGCGGAGUUUGUGUUCCUCAGGGCUUAUGGAAAACCAGUCGAUCAAUGUUUACAAUCAGCCAAUCAUUUCAAACAUGUAAGUGCUGGGAAUUAUGAUCAUAAGAUGAUUUCACACAUGCUUUUAAUGCUUAUAGUAAACUGAGGUUUCAGGGGUAACUGGACAUCCAGGGUAAUGCAGUAAUGAGGGGAAUGGUGAAGAACUAAAUAAUUCCCAGAAUGCCAUUGCUGAGCACUGGGAAAUGUUAUACCUAUGAGCUGUCAGUUUGAUGGAAGGUUUCCAUUUUUCCACUUGCAUAAAAUGAGGAAAAUUCAGCUCUGUGCUCAUUUCAUAUUAUUGCCAAUUUUAACUUUUAACCAAAAAAUGUUUUUGCUUGUUUUUACUAUGCAAUUGAAGGUUCAGGGAAGAUUUCAUUGAUUAAAAACUUUAUAAAAAUGUG